GGGUUUGCUUCCUUUUUCCUGCGCUUGACCAUCAGACGCUUCACUAGUCUGGUUCAGCGUGCUAAACUGUGAGUAAACUAAACUGCUGCAGAGGUAAAAAUCAUGCUUCCCGUGUUUUUGGGUUGAGGUGAGUACUGCAGAAAGUGAGAAUGGCUAGGGUUGUGUCAAGGUGAGAGGUGGGUGUCCUGGUUAAGGGCAAAUUUGGGAGAGAACCGCCCCAAAGAGGCUCCUCUAGAAAAGCAGAUUCAAUUGCACCCCGCCCCCCCCCCCGACCCCCCCAACUGGUUUGGGAGAAAAACCUCCUUGGAGAAAAGUGGAAAAAACUGUAUUAAACAAUAAAACCUAAACAAUAUUAAACAAUAAAACCUCUUGCUGCUCCAAAGAAGGUGACAAAUUCUGAAAAAGUCCCCUCCCCGAGUUGCAGCUUGGCUCACUCAGUCUCUUAUCUGUCCCUCUGGUGCUGGAAAUGCCCGGCCCAGGGCUGGCCCUGUGAGCCACAGGUGUGAGCUGCCGGUGCUCUGCUGGGUGUUCGGUCCAGAGCAGGUUUAAACAGGUCCAAAGAAAAGGGAAAAAACCACAGUCCAGGGAACUCCUCUGCCUCAGCUAGCUAAAACUAACUAAAACAAAGGAGAGCUAUGUCCCACUGUCUGUCCAUCUGCAGACAACACAGUCCAGGAGCAGGAAUGUGGAGGAGUGAGAGCAGUGUCUGAAAACAAGCUGCGUGCUUCUUCUCUCCCCGCUCCACUCUCUGGAACAAGUCUUAAAGGUGCAAAACUUAUUAUUCACCAUAAACAGAACAGGACGAUUUGGGAUAAAAGCAUCAUAUAGUCAACCUAGGACAGUGGGUAAAGCUGAGAGCAGAGGUGAAUGUAAAAAAGAGGAGAAUGGGAACUUCCUAUUUGACUUAUCGUUAGCCUAUAUAGCUCAACAUGGUUUCUUGUUCUAGUUGUUUAGAAAUCUAGCAUGUUGUCAGUUUUGAUUGAAUUGUCUGUCUUAAAAACCAAGUAGUUUUUCCUUGACUGCACUAGUACCCUUUUUUUAAAAAACCCCAACCUACCAAAUACAUGGAAACCUGACAAACCUGUCCCAUCAAAUUCUGUGCUAAUUUUUUUGAGGCAAUCUGCUGUAUGCUGUCUAGUCAUUAGAUCAACAGUAUAGUAGUUUUGAUUUUUAUUAGCAAGGCACUUAUCAAUUAGUGCACAAUUUUGUGCAUUUAUCCCCUUUCACACAUUCUUACCUGAUAAUCAUCUGUGUGGUAAAGGAAUAACCUGGGAUAUUCUUGUUCUAUGAUCUGCACUCCUUCUUAGUAAUCUGAAAUUCCAUAGCUUUGUAUUUUCUGACUAUAUGAUACUUUGAUGUAUGUGAAAGGAGGAGAAGACAUUUGUGACUCCCUAUGGGGCUGGACUGUAGCACAGUAGUACUUCAGAAAAGGCAGAAUACUUCAAGUUAAUGUGGUUAAGGGUGCAGCCUGCUGACUCAAAUUCACAAAGUAGCAGAAAGAAGAUGUGCCUGUGUCUUUUAAUGUGUUUAUAAUAUACUACAAAGAAAGGGUAGUCAGGAGAUAGUAAAUGGUUGAAGAGGAGUAGAAAAUAUGAGUCUGCAGACUAUAAGGUAUGAAGUUUUAUAAGAAAUUCUGGGCUUGAUUUGUUUUGGGUGUUUUGUUUUUUUUCUUCACACAUAGUUGUAGUGACUGUGUAGACAGACCUGCACACAUUUUGUGAAGUUGAUCAGUUUUAUGUUCCUUAGGAGCUCUGUUUAUCAGGUGUUUCAAGGCAUUGCUAGUAUUUUUAGCAUCCUGUCACAAUAGGACAUGAAGUGACGACAUGGACACUGCUGCUCUCCAGGUGAACAAAAAACAGGGACCUUUAUUUUCUGACUCAAACAUUUAUAGUUUUCCAACAGUGACAGUGGUUUGCAGGGUGACAGUGCCGCCUCUCCAAUGACACUGGACAGACCAACAGUCCAUCAAUUCUCUCCUCCUCCAUAAAAGAAUGCAAAACAUCAGUUAUUUACAGAAUUGUGUGUGAGAAAGUUUGUUACAAGAAUACAAAGAUCAGAAGGCUUAGCAAAGUCUUAAAAAAUCAAGGCGACAGCAUCCCAUAGUAUUAUUUACCUUUAAGCAGUUUCUUAUUUAGAAACUAAUGUGAGAACUAACUCCUGCAAAUUGUUUUAAAAUUGAAGACCCUCAAAUACAAGGAAUAGCAAUAAAAAACCUGAUCAUCUACAAAGAAGCCAUCAUAUAACUAAUGAAGCAUGGAUGCUGUGAAUUUCUGUAAAAUGUUAUUUAUUGGAAAACCAGGGAAUAGUCAACACAGCUCUGUGUGUGUGUAUAUAUAUGUGCAAUGGAGGAAGAUAGUUAAUCUCACUGAGAAGUCCAGUGUAUUUUCAGUCAGCUCUUCAACCUUAACAGCCACAGUUGACCAUGCUUGCAGCAUAGAUGUUAUGAUCAGAGAAAAGUAGAUUUUAGAUGUUAUUCAAAUAUUUGAUCCCAGGAACUAGUCUGUUCCUAUCACUGGCAUCCAUUUAACAGAAUUGGAACACUUUUUAUGAGUUUAAGGCUGGUACAAUAUGUGUAAUACAUUCAUGCAUAAACUAGAAAACAGUGACAUAUUUAAUUUGAAAGAGAAUGAACAAAUUAUGCUGCCAGUCUAAAAAGAAACCUUUAUAAUUUAAAAAUAUUUGUUUUUAAAAAGAGCUUACAAAAUUACUAGAACUAUAUUUUAAAGUGUUUAUCGGCUACAUCUUAAGUAGAAUAAAUGCCAACAAUUUCUACAUAAAAUCAGUGUUUAAAAACUAACUGACUUGCUUAAGGUCUGCUAAUACAUACAGAUAUCUUUUGGUGUGUAAAAGGUUUUUUAAUAGUAGAUAGGUCUUUGGAAUAGGUUAAUACUACUUGUUGCUAAUCUCUACUGGUCUGUUUAGUGGAUAUAUUUUUAAGUGAAUUUAUUUGAUAGAAAUAAAACUUUUAAAGUACUUAUUAGAUAGGGACUUGGGAUGUUUCAGUGACCUGAUCCUUCCCAUAUCACUAAGCAGGGUGUUUAUUGCUGACAAAAAUCCUUCAGCUUAAUUCUCUUCAGAGAGUUCUGUGACUGUCAUGUAGUUCGUAUCACGUGCAUGCCUCAUGCUGCCUGAAGCCUUAAUGACUUGUUUCAGGAUUAAUCCAAUGCUAGUAAGAAACAGGAUUUGAGGUCUUACACUAAGCUGGGAGGAAGGAACUGUCAGUUUCCUGUUUCAAUUCUUGAUACCUGAAGAAUCAUCAGAGGAGACUGACUUAAUUUUCCUUAAUCAUGAGUGAGCAAGAUUAUGAAGAAAACGGGCCAAAUCCAAGGGAUGGGAUUGCCAGGGAAAGUAGUCCAUUUAUUAACUGUGCAGAAUUGGGCAGAGGAAACAUGUAUGAAGGAAAGAAUAUGGCUCUCUUUGAGGAAGAAAUGGAUAGUAACCCCAUGGUGUCAUCUCUUCUGAAUAAACUAGCAAAUUACACUAAUCUGACUCAAGGAGUGGUGGAACAUGAAGCAGAUGAAGACAGCAAACGAAAGGAAGUCAAGGGUCCACGAAUGGGCACUUUUAUUGGCGUAUAUCUUCCCUGUUUGCAAAACAUCUUGGGAGUUAUCCUUUUCCUGCGUUUAACAUGGAUUGUAGGAACAGCUGGAGUUCUUGAGUCUUUCAUCAUUGUGUUCAUGUGUUGUGCUUGUACUAUGCUAACUGCAAUUUCAAUGAGUGCUAUAGCAACAAAUGGCGUAGUUCCAGCUGGAGGCUCUUACUACAUGAUUUCAAGAUCUUUAGGGCCAGAGUUUGGUGGAGCAGUGGGACUUUGUUUCUACUUAGGCACAACCUUUGCAGGAGCAAUGUACAUUCUUGGUACCAUUGAAAUUUUAUUGACCUAUAUUUCUCCAAGUGCUGCUAUAUUUAAAGUGGCAGAUGUUGGUGAAGAAACAGAGGCUAUGCUGAACAAUAUGAGAGUCUAUGGAACAUGUAUUGUCAUUCUGAUGGCCAUAGUAGUUUUUGUGGGAGUAAAGUAUGUCAACAAACUUGCACUGGUCUUCCUUGCCUGUGUGAUUCUUUCCAUCAUUGCCAUAUAUGCUGGAGUUAUUAAGACUGCUUUUGACCCACCUCACUUUCCUAUCUGUCUCCUUGGAAACCGUACAUUGUCAAAACGCAGCUUUGAUGUCUGUGCCAAAUUUACUGAAAGCAAUAAUGAAACAAAGACUACACCUUUGUGGCACCUGUUCUGUGAUAGUUCUUUGCUUAAUGCUACAUGUGAUGACUACUUUAGUCUCAAUAAUGUAACAGAAAUUCAAGGAAUUCCAGGAAUAAUGAGUGGAGUUCUAACUGAUAAUCUCUGGAGUGCCUAUUCAGAAAAAGGAUCAAUCGUUGAGAAAAAAGAUCAGCCAUCAGUUGCUGGAUCAGAAGAAUCAAAAAUGGGUGGACUUCCUUAUGUUUUUACAGACAUCACGACCUACUUCACAAUGCUUGUAGGGAUUUAUUUCCCAUCUGUGACAGGUAUUAUGGCAGGUUCAAAUAGAUCUGGAGAUCUAAAGGAUGCUCAGAAAUCUAUUCCUACUGGAACAAUUUUGGCUAUUUCAACUACAUCUUUUAUUUAUCUCUCCUGUAUAGUGUUAUUUGGUGCCUGUAUAGAAGGUGUAAUAUUAAGAGAUAAGUUUGGAGAAGCAGUUAAUGGAAAUCUGGUGGUUGGUACACUGGCUUGGCCUUCUCCAUGGGUUAUUGUGAUUGGUUCAUUCUUUUCAACAUGUGGUGCUGGUCUCCAGAGUCUCACUGGUGCACCCCGGCUAUUGCAGGCCAUUGCAAGAGAUGGCAUUGUACCGUUUAUUCAAAUAUUUGGUCAUGGAAAAGCAAACGGAGAACCAACUUGGGCUCUGCUCCUCACUGUUGGUAUUUGUGAAAUAGGAAUUUUGAUAGCCUCAUUGGACAGUGUAGCACCGAUUCUUUCAAUGUUUUUCCUUAUGUGCUAUAUGUUUGUGAAUCUGGCUUGUGCAGUUCAGACACUUUUGCGAACUCCCAACUGGAGACCUCGUUUCAAGUAUUACCACUGGACUCUUUCAUUCCUGGGGAUGAGUUUAUGUCUUGCCUUGAUGUUCAUUUGCUCUUGGUACUAUGCUUUGAUUGCCAUGCUAAUCGCAGGAUGUAUAUACAAAUACAUAGAAUAUAGAGGAGCGGAAAAAGAAUGGGGUGAUGGAAUCAGAGGACUGUCUCUGAAUGCAGCUCGCUAUGCUUUGCUUCGUGUUGAAGACGGUCCUCCUCACACCAAGAACUGGAGGCCUCAACUUUUGGUCUUGUUAAACUUGGAUAAUGAGCAAUUAGUCAAACACCCUAGAUUGCUUUCUUUUACCUCUCAGUUGAAGGCUGGUAAAGGACUGACUAUUGUGGGUUCUGUGCUUCAGGGAAUCUACUUAGAUAAAUGUACAGAAACGCAGAAAGCUGAAGAGAAUGUUAAGGCCUUAAUGGGUGUAGAAAAGACUAAAGGAUUUUGCCAGAUUGUGGUAUCUCCUAACUUCAGAGAUGGAAUAUCAUAUUUGAUUCAGUCAGCUGGUCUAGGAGGGAUGAAGCACAACACAGUCCUGAUGGCAUGGCCACAGUCAUGGAAGCAGACAGAAAAUCGUUUCUCAUGGAAAAAUUUUGUUGAUACUGUACGAGAAACAACUUCAGCUCAACAAGCACUUUUGGUGGCUAAAAACAUUGACUUAUUUCCAACAAAUCAAGAACGUUUUACUGAAGGAAAUAUAGAUGUGUGGUGGAUUGUUCAUGAUGGUGGUAUGCUGAUGUUGCUGCCUUUUCUCCUUCGACAGCACAAGGUUUGGAGAAAAUGUAAAAUGCGUAUCUUCACCGUUGCUCAAAUGGAUGAUAAUAGCAUUCAAAUGAAGAAGGACCUUCAGAUGUUCUUGUACCACCUUAGACUAAAUGCUCAAGUGGAAGUUGUUGAAAUGUUUGAAAAUGACAUUUCUGCGUUCACAUACGAGAAGACACUUAUGAUGGAACAGCGAUCUCAGAUGCUAAAACAGAUGCAGCUGUCAAAGAAUGAAAGAGAAAGGGAGAUUCAGAGCAUCACAGAUGAGUCUCAAGACUCAAUUAGAAGAAAAAGCUACUCCAGUCCAUUGUCCAUUGUCCAAGAUGCUCAGGCACUGCUGACUAAUGAUUAUCAAGAGGAAGAGGCUCAGCUGAUCCAUGAUAAAAACACUGCCUCACGCUCUGCUCCAGCAGUUGAAGCAAGUGUGGCUGCUGCUGUGCCAGAGAAAGUGCAAAUGACAUGGACUAAAGAAAAGUUUGUAGCGGAAAAGCAUAAAAACAAGGAUUCCAAUGUGUCUGGCUUUAAAGAUAUUUUCAACAUGAAGCCAGAAUGGGAAAAUCUGAAUCAGUCAAAUGUGAGAAGAAUGCACACUGCUGUGAAGCUCAAUGGAGUAGUGCUUAAUAAAUCACAGCAUGCUCAGCUAGUUCUCCUGAAUAUGCCUGGACCUCCUAAAAACAGAAAAGGGGAUGAAAACUACAUGGAAUUUCUGGAAGUUCUGACAGAAGGUCUAGAUAGAGUUCUCCUAGUCCGAGGCAGUGGACGUGAAGUGAUCACCAUUUAUUCUUAAUCUGUUUGCAUGUGUUUUUCAAACACAACACACCCCCACCAUAAGAAAACAAAAGUUUUUUUGCCAUAAUUUGAGCAGCUUCAUUGUCUUCUAGUGCAUUGAAAAUUAGCUUCAAGCUGAAUCUUCUGAUGAUAUGUUCUUUUUUUUCCUAGUAAGAUGUUCUAUUUAAAUAAUAUUUUAAGCAGAUUUAUGUAGAAAAUUAAUAAAUGGUGGAUGGCUUAGGAUAUUUAUAUGUAGCAUAUUCUGAUACUUCUUAAGCUGUGGUAAAACAAAAAAAUUGGUAAUGCAAUCAUAUUUUUAAAGAUAUAGAAAUGUCACUAACUUUUGAUUAUUUUAAUAUUUGCUUUGCGUCUAAAUAAAAGGGAAGGGUUUUAGAAAAAGUUGUCUUUUUUUCUUACCAAAAUGCUGCUAUGUUUCUUCUUUUGGAAUUAGUCGUGGUUCAGGAACCUUCCUUCAGAGAUGUUAACAGCCAGUCAAAUUUGUUUAUGAAGUGCAUUAAGUGUUUCCCAGAAGUUCGUUAUUUGCCAUACCUGUAAAAAAUAACAUUUCCGUAUAUAAAAUACUUAAGUAGGCAAAACCUCCAGAUGAUAGUAAACAGACAAGCUGUGUGAGCUCUUUUCUAUGAGGCUCUGGCAGUUACUGUUAUUUUGCAUGAUUAUAGCAAUAAUGAAACAUGACAGCAUCCAACUUAUAGGAAGGCUACAGUGUAGGAACUCCAACUGGUUCCAAAUAUAAUUCAACAGUUGAUAAAACACAACAAGGUGGUUAAUGAAAUGCAGUCUCUUGUUUUCAAAUAUUUAUAUUUUGAAAAUGUUGUAUGGAUAUGCUGCUGUUUGAAAUAAAAUCUGCUUUUCUGAACUGAA